AUGAAACUUUUAACCGACCAGAAACAAGUGGAAUUAAAAGAACUGAGUGACUCAUGGAAAGAAUUCCCCAGCGAUCGAUUGCUGACUCUGGAUUUUUUCCUCCGUAACACGUCGGUUGCUCGUUCACCUGCUUUUAUCAACAUGCGCGAGAUAUGCGGCCGGCACAAAUUGGAACCGGGGGAAUAUGUGAUCAUCCCGUCCACCUUUGAGCCGAAUCAAGAAGCGAAAUUUCUUUUGCGCAUCUUUUCCGAACGUGCUUGUGAAUCCAAAUCCUUGGGCGAAGGUAUUCAAGCGCUUCCCACUCCGGAACCCGUGAUCCAAGAUGAACUGACAGAAAAACUUCGACAGGCAUUCAAUGAUGUUGCUGGCGGUACGGGUGAAAUCACGGCACAUGAACUACGUGAUAUCUUGAACGUGGCUUUCACCAAGGACUUUCCUUUCGACGGUUUUAGUCGCGAGACAGCCCGCAGCAUGGUGGCCCUGAUGGACGCAGAUCUCAACGGUUCCCUCGGUUUUACAGAAUUUAAGCAGUUAUGGCAAGAUUUACGGAUUUGGAAGAGUAUGUUCAAAAAAUACGAUCGUGAUCAGAAUGGAACAUUCGACGCAUUCGAACUGCGUGAUUUGAUGCGAGCACUCGGCUUUAGUGUGAGUAAUCGUGUCUACACGGCCAUUAUCUCACGAUACGCCAAUCAUCGGGGGAGAAUCAUGUUUGACGACUACAUCUUGCUCCUGGUGCGGUUAGUCACUGUCUACGAUACGUACAAAGCACAGGAACGUCUCAAAGACGGUCGUGCCGUAUUCGCUAUGGAAGAUUUCGUUCGUUCGGUGAUCUACAUUUGA